AUGCCUAACACGAAGACUGUUCGUGUGCCUCAUUUAGGCGGCAUUGACGCGGCGUACCAGAUGCCAUAUCCAUAUGAUCCAUCCAAGCCCACUUUGAUCCUGGUCAACAGCUUCACCACUUCGUCAGAGCUCUACCGCAAACAGUACGCCAACAAGCAGUUGACGGAUAAGAUGAACCUCGUGGCCAUCGAGCUGCUAGGCCAUGGACAAACCAGGACCAAGUCAGAGAAUUUCACAUACUGGGAUACAGCGAUCAUGAACAUCCAAGUCAUGGAAGCUCUAGGUAUUCCAAAGGCAUUUGUUCUCGGUACCAGCCAAGGUGGUUGGAUCACCGUGCGAAUGGCUCUAUUGGCUCCCGAGAAGAUCCAAGGUAUCAUUCCUCUCGGUACAUCUUUGGACUAUGAGUCUGAACGCACUCGUAAACUUGGGUGUUGGGAUGGCGCUGCUGCCUGUACCGGUCCUAUCAAUAAAUGGACCAGUAAAACUCCAACGUAUGACUUCCAGCCCGACCUCGAGUAUUGUGACUUCCUCAUCGACAUCGGUUUCGGCAAGAACUGUCCCCAGGAGACUCGUGACUUUUGGCGAAAGACCAUUCAGUCCAACUAUCAGGGUGACGAUGGACGACGACGAGCCCGCAUGGCUGCUAUCAAUCUCCGUGAGCGUGACGGAUUGCACGGUCGUUUGUUUGACGUCAAGUGUCCUGUGAUGUGGUUACAUGGAACGAACGACGUGGUCUACACCGUCGCCAAUGCGGAGCAAGAAAUCAAACUCUUUACCAAUGCCAAAUCCGCCGAACUCGUUGUCGUCGAAGGGGGUGCACACUUCCUAUCAGCCUCGCACCCGACAGAGGUGGACAACGCCCUUAUCGCUUUUGUGGGCAAAUAUGCCUGA